ACAAAAUGAGCUCGUAUAAACAAAGCUAGAAGACCUGCUUGUUUUCGUAACUGCAAAAAUAUUUCAGCAGUAAAAAUGUCUCCAGUUCAGCAUCUGAGAGAGUUUAUCCGAGAAAGACUAACUGCUGCAGCUGAAGAAAUCUUCACAGAGGUUGAAAAAACCAUCAUCCGCUAUGAGGAAGAACACAGACUGAUGGAAAUCUGCAGGAAACCCCAAAUAAAUCACCACAAAAUUGAACUCCAGGAGCAAUAUGGAUCCAGUCAGGUGGAAACUUUGACCACCGAACAUGGCCAUUCGUCCAGUCAUAACCAAGGUGAAGUAGUAGCCCAAUGGACUGGAAAUGAUCAGGUGGAACCAAAACAUUCCUCUCCUCUUAUUAAAGAAUUUAGGGAACCAGGACCAUUGUGUGUUAAAGAGGAAGAAGAACAUCUAGUUUCUCCAUUGAUCAAAGAAGAAAAUGUGGAACCCGAGUUCACAUGGGCUACAGAAAAAAAUAAGGAACCAGAUUUGCAACUGAUGGAGGACCACAAUGAGCCAAGACCUCAGUUGAGCAAAAUGGAUGAGAAGGUAGCAGAAUCUCCACAGCUUGAGUUAAAGGAAGAAAUGAAUUAUUCACUACCUAAACAUGAACAAUGGCUACUAGAACAUUUAUCAGUUACACAGGACCAGAAGGACCUACACAACAGUCGGGAGGAGGAGCAGCUUGUCCAGAAGCAGUCCAAUAGUUUGAUGGAGACUUUUACUCUUCAUGAAGAGGAUUUGCAUGAAAGAGAACCAAUAACUGAGGAGCUUUCCUUUCAAUUCUCUCAUGUAGUUGAGACUAAAGUUCAGGAAGGAUGCAGCUACAAUGGGUCUGAGACUCGGUCUCAAAUUGAGACAAACAAAAAGUCUUUCCAAUGUGACAUUUGUGGGAGAUCCUAUAUGAAUAAGUCUACCAUGAAACGCCAUUACAGAAGCCACACAGGUGAAAAACAUUUUACAUGUACGACGUGUGGAAAAAGUUUUUCUCAAAAUUGUGAUUUAAAUUCUCACAUCAGAACCCACACAGGUGAGAGGCCUUUUCCAUGUAAGACAUGUGGAAAAAGUUUCUCUAAAGUUCACAAUCUAAAGGCUCACAUCAGAACCCACACAGGUGAGAGGCCUUUUCCAUGUAUGACAUGUGGAAAAAGUUUCUCUUGUACUCGAAGUUUGAAGGAUCACAUCAGGACACAUACUGGGGAAAGACCUUUUCCAUGUAAGACGUGUGGGAAAGGUUUUUCUCGGAUGAGUAGUUUAAAAUACCACAUCAGGACUCACACAGGUGAGAAACCUUUUCCAUGUAAAAUGUGUGGAAAGAGUUUCUCUCAGAUCUGUGAUUUAAAUACUCACAUCAGAACUCACACAGGUGAGAGGCCCUUUUCUUGUGAGACAUGUGGAAAACGGUUCUCUAAAGUUUAUAAUUUAAAUGUUCACAUCAGAACCCACACCGGUGAAAGGCCUUUUUCAUGCAAGAUAUGUGGAAAAUGUUUCUCAUGUACUGGUAGUUUACAGGAGCACAUAAGGACCCACACUGGAGAGAGACCUUUUCCAUGUAAAACAUGUCCAAAAAGUUUCUCACGCUUGAGUCGUUUAAAUGAUCACAUCAGAACCCACACAGAUGAGAAACCUUUUCCAUGUUAGACAUGUGGAAAAUAUUUCCUUCAGACUGGUUAUUUAAAUGACACUAUUACAACCCACUUGGAUGAAAAGCCUUUUCCGUGGAAGACGUGUGGAACAAGUUUAUCUCAAAGUAGUAAUUUCAAUGCUUACAAGAACACCGAAACAAUUGAGAACCAUUUAUGUCAAAUAUGUGGGAAAAGCUUUAUCGACAUUUAAUUACCACAUGAAGGAAGGCACAAUAAUGAGUAGUCCUCAUUAGACCCUGACAUGCAUUUAAAAUUUAAAUUUAAACUAACUAGUAAUUUCUUUCUUUUUUUUUUUUUUUUUACAAGGAGUGCUUUACAAAGUAUGCUUAGUGUGAGGGAUUGAUAGAAAUAAACUGAAUUGAAUUGAAGUGGCCUUCUAUUCUGACAAAAAAGGACUGAAGCAGUCAUACCAGACCCCCUAAAAAAUCCCACUAAAGUCCUGAUCUAGAGAUAAUUUUAUGGAAGAGAAGUCAAUGCUGUCUGUUUUUGUUCAUGAUGAUUUCUUAAAGGGAUAUUGUGUAAGAUAUACUGUCAUCUAGUUGUGAAGUAUUGCAUGCAAAAGACCACUGCUAUAGUGCGUUACUGCCUCAAACACAUAUUGCAGCAAUGAUGGCUGCCAUGACUCAAAAAGCUUCAAAAGCUCAGAUAAAGCUAUACCAUCCCAAGUGAAAAGUCUCAUUUUCAUUUACUGGGACAAAAAGGCAGCGUUCACCGUGGCUUUGAAAGCUAAUAAACAUACAUAAACCUACAAUUCUUUAUGAAGAUUGGUAUGUUUGCAAGAUCUACUUUUAUGCCUUGUACAGUAACAAGCGACGCUGCCUAAUUUAGCUGAAUGGAAAAAGUUAGCUUUACGCUAAUUUAGGCAGUACAGAUCACUUGUCAAGGAGAAACUUUCUAACUUCAGCAUCCCGUUUAAAAUCUCUUCUUUACUAACACCUUCCACCUGAGGAAUGUUUGCUUCAUGUUCGUUCUUGGUUUUUGGUGUCUCUGGUUUUGUCGUGUUUUAAGUUCUCUUUUUCACUUUUUUUGGAGAUGGUGAAACCGUUGCUCGCUGCUUCAUAUGCACUGUCCCGCAUUACACUGCUGUAGUGCAGACUUUCACUUGUUGGGUUAGCAUCUCCAAAUGAUCUUCAACGCCGCCUCUUAAUUACAUUGAAGUGUCUGCAAGGUAAAAAUUGUUUUUUAAAUGCAAUCUUUGAUUUCAGACAGUUAAAAAAAGAGAAAUUGUUACACAAUAUCCCUUUAAACUGGCAUGACCUAAGUUCUGAUGAUGUUAAGGCUUAAUCUGUUUUCAAUGAAAUUGUUACUGAUAGGGAAUGCAAAAUGUGGUUAUUUGGGUUUCCAUCCAGUUCUCAGGUCAGUUUUGAGCAAACUUUUCCAACUAAGUUUUUAUGUUUUAUUUUAUACUUUGUCUCAUUUUUUGUUUUCAAAUCAUUACUGCUUUGCUCUAUACAUUUUAGGCUUUUGAAAAUGUUUUACUAUUUAUUUUAGUAUGUAAUUAUGUAACUAAGCUCUACUUGAAAGUGAUGUGUUGAUGUAUUAUAAUGCCGAUUUCAAAUAUGUCUCUUUGACAUCAAUACUUGGAAGCACAUUCUAAUACCCGUUUCCCACUGGCCAAAAAACACCAAACAUGUAAGCUUGCGAACUAUCGGCUUUUAGUGGAUCUGGGAACUGCUCACUGACCCGGGUCAAACAACUCAACAAGUCACUUGGGUUGAAAUCACCAUCAAAAGGCUUGGCUCUGAUCGGUAUUCAACGUCAACGCCUGUCAACAUUUGUUGCAUGUCUUUCCUCUCUGACCUCCUUAUUUCCUGUCAGUUGACUCUUAAAUAAA